AUGGGGGAAUUCUAUAAUUAUUCAGGAUGUGGGAACACAUUCAAUUGCAACCAUCCAGUUGUACGGAAAUUCAUAGUGGACUGCUUAAGAUAUUGGGUAACAGAAAUGCAUGUUGAUGGUUUUCGCUUUGAUCUUGCUUCCAUCAUGACCAGGGGUAGCAGUCUCUGGAACGGAGUUAAUGUAUUUGGUACUCCAAUAGAAGGCGACAUGCUGACAAUUGGAACCCCUCUAAGCAGCCCACCAUUGAUUGAUAUGAUCAGUAACGAUCCAAUACUUCGAGGAGUGAAGCUUAUAGCCGAAGCCUGGGAUGCUGGAGGUCUCUACCAAGUUGGCACUUUUCCUCACUGGGGUAUUUGGUCGGAAUGGAAUGGGAAGUAUAGAGACACAGUACGCCAGUUUAUCAAGGGCACAGAUGGCUUUGCUGGAGCGUUUGCCGAAUGUGUUUGUGGGAGUCCUAGUUUGUAUCAGGGAGGAAGAAAACCAUGGAAUAGUAUUAACCUUGUAUGUGCUCAUGAUGGCUUCACUCUAGCUGAUUUGGUGACUUAUAACAACAAGCAUAACUUGCCCAAUGGUGAAGAUAAUAAUGACGGAGAAAAUCAUAAUAAUAGCUGGAACUGUGGAGAGGAGGGGGAGUUUGUCAGUGCCUCAGUAAAGAAACUGAGGAAACGACAAAUGCGUAAUUUCUUUCUCUCUCUCAUGGUUUCCCAGGGAGUUCCGAUGAUACAUAUGGGUGAUGAAUAUGGACAUACAAAAGGGGGGAACAACAAUACCUACUGUCAUGAUAAUUAUCUUAAUUAUUUCCGAUGGGACAAAAAGGAAGAAUCCUCAUCAGACUUCUUCAGAUUUUGUAGCCUUUUGAUCAAGUUUCGCCAAGAAUGUGAAUCGCUUGGCUUAGAUGACUUCCCAACAUCAGAGAGGCUGCAGUGGCAUGGUCAUUUUCCUGUAAAUCCAGACUGGUCUGAAACUAGCCGUUUUGUGGCUUUUACCCUGGUGGACUCGGUAAAGGGAGAAAUCUACAUUGCUUUCAAUAUGAGUCAUCUACCUUUCACAAUUACGUUGCCAGAGCGUCCUGGAUACAGAUGGGAACCUCUAGUAGACACCAGCAAGUCCGCACCAUAUGAUUUCCUCACGCCCGAUCUUCUUGGAAGAGAUAUUGCAAUACAACAGUAUGCUCAUUUUCUUGACGCCAAUAUGUAUCCCAUGCUUAGUUACUCUUCCAUCAUCCUUUUGCGCACUCCCGACGUAAAUGCCUAG